AUGGCGGACCGCGUGCACUGUGCAGUUGCAGAAGCGCGGGCCUUGGCUGCACUCCCUGUGGACGUCCUCGCAUUGAUUCUCAAAGACAUGAGCCUCAAGGAGCGCUUGCGCCUGGAAACCUUGGACAAGAACCACCGCGAUGCGCUGCGGGUUCCGGAGCUUUGGGAAGCGAUAGAUCUGGAAGCUUUAUGUGCGCUGAAUUGCACGGAAGACCAGCUUCUGUCCCUGCUAAGCAGGGUUGAGCCACGUAUGCAGAGAGGCGCAGCUCAGAUAAGGCGCAUGGCGGAGAGCCUGGAUGACGUCACCGAAAGUUUCACGAAGCAUAUGGUGCCAGAAUUCGCGGUAGAACAGCUGAAGCGCAAAACACGGACGUCGUUCAAUAGAGACUUCAUCUUCAUUCAGCUGGUUAUCCUGCGGUUCCUGUACAAAGCAGUGCCUGAAUCUUGGGGUCCGGUGAGAUUCUUUUUCGAGGCAUGCACGCUGUGGCUCGUUGACCAGCUGCAGCGGAUUCCGCUGGCCGUCCGCUCCGUCUUCAAGUUUCUGCGGAACGUCAAGAGCAACCCAUCUGCCUUCGUGAGGAACGGAACAAGCAGUCCGCUGGAGAAGCCGGAACGGCAGAGGUCAGCCAAGAAAGCCGUUCUUCUCGAUGUCUCCGGAGCGGUCAAUCUGUCACCGACCUUUAUAGCGGCCUGCGCAAUCGCCCUCUCUGCAGCGGGGUUCCAAGGCAGUGUCAGAAUGGACGAAGAAGGUGACCCUGGUUUCCUGACUAACCACCCGGUCUUCGAAGUAACACGGAGCCUGGCUUUGGACUGCGCGUUUCUCGUGAAUCUCAAGGUUUCCGGUGCGUACCCCUGGAAAGCGAACUGCCUGACGCCCUUCAACCCCUGGGGACGAGCGCAAGAACCGGUCGGCGCACCUGAGGAGAUCGAGACAAAACUAGAGCGGGUCGCUGCUUCGAUCGCUCCUCAAUUCGAGGGGUCAAGAGCAGCCUACGAGCUUUUCCUGGGCAAGAUUUCGUCUCUCGUCGAGCUCCGAGCGGAGAUCGCGGGCAGUCGCGGGCGGCGGAGGGUCGCGAACCAGAGGCGCGAUGGCGAGAGCUUUCGCGCCGGAACCGUCACCGUCCAGCAUCACGGCCACGUCUUCUCCCGCAACUCCAACAUGGCGUGCGUCAUCCUGGGCUCCCCAGAGCUGCAGGCUAGCCAGGGCCUGCGCGCGCUUGCGCUCGAUUUUCCGCUCUCUCUGGCGGAUCUCGAUUCCGUCGCCCUCUUUCUGGACCGGAACGCGACUGGCGCCCACGUCGUGGGCGGGGCGCGGGUUCCGAACGGAACGGAUCGCACCAGAGCGGCGGAAUGGGGCGGAACGGCAGCGGAUCCGCGCGGGGGGCUCCUCGAGCACGCGUUCCUGACUCCCCUGCAGCAGGAACUCCGGUUCGAGGGCGCCCUCCGAGCCGCGGACCGCGUCUUCUGGGGCAUCGGCAUCGCUGACGUCAUCUUCGGCCUGGUUCUACUUCUGGAUUACCUCCUCGCCCGGGUCAGAUUUUUCCGAUUCGUUCCUAUUCUGGGCAUCCAGAUCAUGAUCCAGGUACUCAUUGCUAGUGUCGUCGGGUGGCCCCACCUGCGCGCGGCGAUCCAAGGCGACCGCGACCCGAUCAACUUCGUGAUCGUCGCCUUUGCCGUCGGCUUCUUCCUGUUUCUGCCCUUUGCCGCGGCGUGGCGCGCGCUGUACUUUUACCUGUGCGCGUGCCUCGCUUGGACCGUUCUCAAGUGGUUUGGGACGGUUGCUGUGGAGUGCCGGGCAGGGCUCAAGAUCAAGGCGAGAGUAAAGAGAUGA